CGCCCCCGAGCCCCGCCGGCCGCGGGCAGGGGUCCGGUCGGGACAGGACGCCCGCCGGGCACCGGGGCAUCCCGGCGAAGCCGAGGGACGCGGAGCCCGCGGGGGCGCCGGUGGCUGUGCCGUGCCCGCGCGCGGACUGCGCGGGUAGGAGGGCGGCGGGGCUCGGGGCGCCCCGAGGGCAGGGCGCCCUCCCUCCCCCCGGGGGAGCCCCCGGCCCCGGAGCGCACCGGGCGAGCGCGCCCCGCCGCCGCCCCGGGCCCCGCGCUCGCCCCCCCGCGUACCCGGCUUCCGCACAAACUUUUCCGACGCCCUGGCCCGCGGGGGUCGCGGGGAGCGCGGGGCUGCCCGCUGAACCCCCGCCUCGCCGGACCCCGGCCACGCCGACCUCCCGCCUCUCGCGGCCUCAGUGGCGACCUCUCCAGGCCGGGCCGCGCGCGGCACCCGAGGCGAGCGCCGCAGCCCCCGGCCGCUCUCCCGAGGCUCCCGCGCCCCCCGGGGCCGCCGGGCGGGGGGAUGCCCUCGGUGAUGGAGAAGCCGAGCGCGGGCUCCGGGAUCCUGUCCCGCAGCCGGGCCAAGACGGCGCCCAACGGCGGGCAGCCGCACUCGGAGGAUGACAGCAGCGAGGAGGAGCACUCGCACGACAGCAUGAUCCGCGUUGGAACCAAUUACCAGGCCGUAAUCCCCGAGUGCAAGCCUGAGAGCCCCGCGCGCUACAGCAACAAGGAGCUGAAGGGGAUGCUCGUGUGGUCGCCCAACCACUGCGUGUCGGAUGCCAAGCUUGACAAGUACAUCGCGAUGGCCAAGGAGAAGCACGGCUACAACAUCGAGCAGGCGCUGGGCAUGCUCCUGUGGCACAAGCACGACGUGGAGAAGUCGCUGGCCGACCUGGCCAACUUCACCCCGUUCCCGGACGAGUGGACUGUGGAGGACAAGGUGCUGUUCGAACAGGCCUUCGGCUUCCACGGCAAGUGCUUCCAGCGGAUCCAGCAGAUGCUGCCCGACAAGCUGAUCCCCAGCCUGGUGAAGUAUUACUACUCCUGGAAGAAGACGCGGAGCCGCACCAGCGUGAUGGACAGACAGGCUCGGCGGCUGGGGGGCCGCAAGGACAAAGAGGAGAGUGAUGAGCUCGAAGAGGGACGAGGGGCUGUGAGUGAGGGAGAGCCGGAUGCCGGGGAUCCCAAGAGAGAGCCCCUGCCCUCUCGGCCCCUGAAUGCCCGUCCAGGCCCCGGGAAGAAGGAGGCCCAGGCGUCUCAGUAUCGGCACCACCCGCUAAGGACGCGCCGGCGCCCCCCCAAGGGCAUGUACCUGAGCCCCGAGGGCCUCACCGCCGUGUCCGGAAGCCCAGACCUUGCCAACCUCACGCUCCGAGGCCUUGAUUCCCAGCUCAUCUCCCUCAAGCGUCAGGUGCAAAGCAUGAAGCAGACCAACAGCAGCCUCCGCCAAGCCCUGGAGGGCGGCAUUGACCCGCUCCGCCCCCCCGAGGUCAACACCAAGUUCAACUCCCGCUGGACCACGGAUGAGCAGCUACUGGCUGUGCAAGGUCCAGAUCACGUCUGUCUCAACCUCUGCGCCCCGACCCGUGCCCCCUGCGCCACCCCCCCCUCCGCCCCCCGCCUCCCUGUCCCAGCCGCCCCCCCUGCUGAGGCCGCCUUUGCCCACGGCUCCCACCCUGCUCCGCCAGCCGCCCCCCCUGCAGCAGGGCCGCUUCCUCCAGCCCCGGCUGGCCCCCAACCAGCCCCCCCCACCUCUUAUCCGCCCGGCGGCUGCUGCCUCCCGCCACAGUGCCCGCCCUGGCCCGCAGCCCCCGCCCACCCUGAUCGGAGCCCCCCUGGAGCCUCCAGCCCCGUCGCUCUGAGCCCUGAGGCUCCAGAACACCUUCGCCGGAUGCGCGGGCACCCUGGCUUCACUGGCAGAGGGACUAGAGCUCUUGCAAGGUCUUUCAAAGACCCACAGCUGCUGGCCUGGCCCCCUCUGGCAGCUGAGCCACCUCCCACCAGCCCGGCUGGGGCUGGGCCCGGGGCCUCUGAGCCGCCUGCAGUGGCUGCCUCCUGCCUGGGGAGUGGCCUUUGGACCCCGCCCUCCGUGUAGGGUGUAGAGGGGUCCUGAUCGUAGCUUGGGGGGUGGGGGGAGGACAUUUGGCCUGCUGGCAGUUCUUCCUCUCUCCCUUCUUUUAGCAAUAAGUCGGGGUGAGGUAGGGAGGGGCUGGAGGGGGGCGGGGGCAGAGGUCCUCGGCCUGGACAGCAGCUGAGACUUAAGGGGCAGCUCUCCCCGCUUUGGCCACACGAGAGGCCUCGAGGGACGUGCUGAGCUCGCAGUGCCCACUUCACUCGCCACCCGGAAGCUUAGAGAAAGGAACAGAUGCAGACAUGGGUUUAUUUUUCAAUGUUUUUAAAGAAAUAAAACCUUCCACGCUCA